AUUCCUGAUCCGUCGGCCCAAUUCUCGAAUGGUCUGCGUCUUAUUAUAGCCGCUAAUUUUAUUCAGUCGGCAAGCGCCGCGUCAGUCCCGCAACACAGCAUCAUUUGUUUUCAUGAGCCUGGUACACCACUGACGAGUGAUGGCUACAGAGGCGCCCAGCCACUACGAUGUUCUCCAAAACGACAAAUACGGACGUUAUUUGGUGGCAAAGAAGGAUUUAGAAAGUGGUGAAUUAAUAUUUACGGACACACCGUUCGCUGUCGGCCCAAAGCCCGACACCCCUCCACUAUGCCUCGGCUGCUACAUCCCGGUGGAGAACACUGUGUGUUCCCGCUGCGGCUGGCCCGUGUGCGGCGCCGAGUGCGAGGCGGCGCCCGCGCACCGGGCCGAGUGCGCGCUGUUCGCCGCCGCCAAGGUGCGCUUCCAGCCCGUCGAGGACUGGACCGCAGCCGCGCCGCAGCUGGACUGCAUCACACCAUUGAGGUUACUUCUGGCAAAGGAGAGCGACCCCGACCGCUGGGAGCGCGAGUUAGCCGCGAUGGAAACGCACACUGCGGCGCGCCAGCAGCGGCCCACGUGGGCGGCGGACCAGGUCAACAUCGCCGACUUCCUGGUGGACCACUGCAAGCUCGGCAGCCGCUUUGAAAAGGAGCUGGUGCAGCGCGUCUGUGGGAUCCUUGAAGUGAACUCCGUGGAAGUCCCGUCCCGUGUGGGUUUCAGCGUUCGCGCCAUCUAUCCUCGGCUCGCUAUCUCCGCACACAGUUGCGUGCCAAACAUUGUCCACACCAUCUUACAGAAUGAUUACCAGGUCCUAGUGAGAGCAGCAGUUCCCAUCAAGUCAGGAGAGACGCUCCACCUGUGCUACACCCACGCGCUAUCCCCUACGAUCGUGCGGCGCGACUAUCUGCUGGAGUCCAAGUUCUUCAGCUGCGAAUGUACGCGAUGUGCCGACCCUACCGAGCUGGGAACACACCUCAGCACGUUGAAGUGCCAGAAGUGCGAUAAUGGGGUUAUUAUGGCGAGCAAUCCAUUAGACGACGAAGCACCUUGGACAUGUUCGGACAAGAAGUGCCAGUUCAAGACGUCGAGCGCGGCGAUGCGCAAGCUGCUGGGCGUGGUGCAGGCCGAGCUGGACCAGCUGGACGCGCUAGAACCCGGCCCGCAGGCCAUCGAGCAGCGCGAGGCUACUCUCAAUAAGUACAAGUCGGUGUUCCACCCGCGGCACGCGCUGCUGCUAUCUCUGAAGCAUUCUCUGGCGCAGCUGUAUGGACGCGUGGAGGGGUACGCGCUCGACGACCUGCCCGACCUCGUGCUGGAGCGCAAGGCCGACUUCUGCCGCCUCGUGCUCAGCACGCUUGACGUCAUCACACCUGGGGAGACUAGGAUGAGGGGUGAGUAUAGACACUCGCAUACCUAUAGCUAUACCUAUGGGCACGUGGAGGGCUACGCGCUCGACGACCUGCCCGACCUCGUGCUGGAGCGCAAGGCCGACUUCUGCCGCCUCGUGCUCAGCACCAGUGGCGGGGCAAGACCUAAAUUUGAUGUGGGCAAGACAGAUUUCGCGAGGUACCUAUACGCGCUCCACGACCUGCCCGACCUCGUGCUGGAGCGCAAGGCCGACUUCUGCCGCCUCGUGCUCAGCACGCUUGACGUCAUCACGCCCGGCGAGACCAGGAUGAGGGGGCUUCGCGCUCGACGUCUUGCAACCUACCUCGUGCUGGAGCGCAAGGCCGACUUCUGCCGCCUCGUGCUCAGCACGCUCGACGUCAUCACGCCCGGCGAGACCAGGAUGAGGGCUGUAUGGGCACGUGGAGGGCUGUAUGGACGCGUGGAGGGGUACGCGCUCGACGACCUGCCCGACCUCGUGUUGGAGCGCAAGGCCGACUUCUGCCGCCUCGUGCUCAGCACGCUUGACGUCAUCACGCCCGGCGAGACGAGGAUGAGGGGCAUGAUGCUAUACGAGCUGCACGCGCCGCUGAUGUUCCUCGCCCGCAGCGAGUUCAGCGCGGGGCUGAUCACGCAGGAUCAGCUGAAGGACAAGCUGCAGGAGCCCGUGCGCUGCCUGCGCGAGGCGGCACGCAUCCUGGCGCGCGAGGACCCCGCCAGCCCCGAAGGCAUCACCGGACAGAUCGCGCAGCAGUCUAUGGAGCAGCUGCUAGCGAGCCUCGACUCGCUGUAGAUCAUAAAAAACUAAUUUAUUUAUGCAUGUAGGCUUUUAAAAAGCACUUUUACACGUCCCAGUAUAACCCUACCACUGCUUCAGGAAAAUAAAUGGGCCAGAGUGCUAAGAAGCAGCGCAAGAAACUCGGUCACUAUUGUCAGCCUCUUUUUCAAGGGGUUACAGACUUUAAGGACAUAUUGUUAGACCCUUCUUCAAUAUUUUGCGACUGCAAUUAAUAUAAUUUUGGUUAAUGUAAUAAGCUUUUAUUUUUGAUUUUUGGAAACUGGCAUUUUAAGCAAAUGAAAGACACUGUUCCAAAUAGCGCAAGUUUCCUAUAACGCAUUGUAGAAUGUAGACUAGCAGACUGACUUGAUCAACAAUUAAUUUCUGUCAAUCAAUGAAAUAAAUUACUUACAGUAUCUCUAUUUAAAAAGACAAUUAUGUAAAUUAUGAUCUCUGUGACCUUAUAAUAUGCAACUUUAAUUGAUAGGUAUUAUUUAUUAAAAUAAAAUAUGUAUGUAAUUUGA